UACUCGUUAUUAAUAUUUACGACGUAAAAAUUAGCAACUUUGCCUUCGUAUUAAUAAGCGGUAUUUGUCGUACACCUGUUUUUGUUCGGAAACACGGCAUUCUAUUGGUCGAUUUGACGCCGGUUAAAAGCUAUUUAUAAUUGAAAGUUAUACAGCCCUGGCAAUUUCUACCUUGAAAGCUUAUUUGAUGGACUGCAAAUGACUAUGGCGCUGAGAAAAGUCGUAACUCUCAGUGGAUAUCCAUUUAACGCUACUGACUUCAACUGCGACAUCUUCGCUUAAGAACAGAUUCAAUCAGCCAUAGAAUAUUUUGUUUGGAGAAAGAUGCAACUCUCUCUGGCUUUAGCUCUACAGUUUCUGAUCUACGUUCUCACAAGACCGUCAGCUGCAAAAUGCCCCGUCAAGUUUCACCCACCCGAAGGAAAAUGUAUGAUAGGAUGUAUGUUUGAUUCAGACUGUGAACCAGGCAAACAAAUUUGUUGUAAAUCUGGUUGUUGGAGUUCCUGUGAAAAUUUAUCAAAAUGCCAACUUGAACGACGAAAAUAUCUUACGCGAGCAAGCCCACAGCCAUAUGUCCCGGAGUGUGAUGAAGAUGGCAACUACAAGAAAACCCAGUGUGAGACGAAGAAAGGGAGAAAGGUUUGCUGGAACGUGGACCUCAAUGGCAAAAAGAUGGCACACGGUGGUGUGAUGGGCAAUACUCGCCAGCCACCCAAGAAAACUAGCACAAUAAAGUACCCAGUCCAAGUGUUCGGGAUACAUACGACUGAAGUCGAAGAGAACGAGUCCGAAGCAGGUUCUGUUCACAGCAAGUGCUUCAAGAAAAGAGAUCGAAAAACAAAGCUAAGGAAGACGAGCCCGUCAACUUUCGUCCCUCGCUGUAAAGUUAACGGCAAGUUCAAACGGGUACAAUGCCAUUAUAUGCCAAGUAAAAAAUGCUGGUGUGUUGAUACAACAACAGGCAAAGAAAUCCCAGGAACAAGAGUUAGAAAAGGGCGACCUAGGUGUAGACAAGGUCACUGUGGUCUUAGACUCAAACGUAACCGACGCAUCGUUGGAGGACAUGAAAGUGUGGAGGGAGCAUGGCCAUGGCAAGCAGCACUGUUCCUUAACGGUACGCAACACAGAUGUGGCGCUACCUUAAUCAAGUCCUCUUGGGUUGUUACAGCUGCGCACUGUUUCAACACAUUCCGAUUGGGCUCGAAUGGCUCUACACAUAAGCGGAGCGGCGAAUUCUCUUCAACCAAUCCUUCUGACUGGGAAGUUAGGCUUGGAGAACAUUCUUUCUUAACUGUUGAGAGCCAUGAAAAACGUCUUAAAGUUGUCGAAAUCAGAGUACACCCUAACUAUAUCGCAGGCAACUUAACACAUCCUGGAGACUAUGAUGUUGCGCUAGUUCGUAUUCAUCGUUCACUCAAACUGGGGCGUACAGUUAAUUCCAUUUGCCUUCCUGAUAAUUUCAAAUUUUUCAAGCCUGGCAUGCGAUGUGCCAUUGCUGGUUGGGGAAAAACGUCAUGGAAUGGAAGUGUAUCACCAGUCCUCCGAACAGCCUGGGUUGACCUUGUAUCAAGGACAGUUUGCAAUGCAGAUAUAUCUUACGGAGGAAAAAUCAGCAAGCGAUUUGUCUGUGCUGGUUUCAAAGAAGGUGGCAUUGAUGCCUGUGCGUAUGAUAGCGGUGGCCCACUAAUGUGUUCAUUAGAGAGUGGACGGUGGAUAUUGGCAGGUAUUAUUAGCUGGGGAGAAAAAUGUGCACUUCCACACAAGUAUGGUGUAUAUUCCAACGUCAGUCACUUUGUUCCGUGGAUAUCAUCAAUAUUAAGAAUCGAGAGAUAAAGCAAACUAAGCCGUCAGAGUAAAAAUGGAGUGCUAAAUUAUUAAAAGUGGCUACUCAAGUCACCGAAUUCUGGUGUAAGUCUCGCUAAAUAGGGACUUAGAGCCAGUAGUUAUCAGCUAGAAAUAGCAAAGGAGGUUUACCCCACAAAAUGAGCAUACGCAGAAUGUCGAGUCUGUACUAUAGCUGACUUUUAUGCCAGAAAACAAUUACAAACUGGCAUCAUCAAAUCUUUUAGGGACAUCAGAACAAUAAAUGUACAUGUUUGAUUUUAUCCGCUCUUACAUCGUAAGGUUGAAUCUUGGUCUGCAACUUUUAAAUGAAACAUUGCUUCAUCUCGCAGAAGCUUCUUUGAAAUUAGUCAUGUGAAAUUGCGUAACUGCACAGGGAGCCCAAUUUAGAUAAAGAUAUAAGGUGAAAAAAAGAAUUUUUUUUCGAGGUCAAGAUCAUGUCCUACAUAAUGCAAACGAUUGAAAAGAUUAAUCAAAGAUGCAUAACAAAAAAUUUUUUCGCACACCUUUUUACCGCAAAUACGUAAUCAUUUAGGAAAACUAUUAUGUCUAAAUUGGGCUCCCUGCAUGUGGUUAAUGAAAAGGGGAUUUAUCUAAGUUUGCUGCAACACUGACAUUAGAAAAAGAUGAGUAAAUGAAUCGAGUGCGAUCGCAUGGCAGCAUGCAGUCUUCAGAAGUUAGAGAGGAGAGGAGUGUUAAAGAUCUGAUCUCUCUCUCUCUCUCUCUCUCUGUAUCACUGCUUUUUAUUUGCAAUGGCCCAUCUCAAAAUUGGCUUGAAUGCGAGGCUAACAUGGAAAUACAAAAGCAAUACCACAAAUUCCAUCGAGAAAGUGUGAUUUCUUUGGAAUUUUCCUAGUAGACUCUCAUCCAAGUUCUUUCUUAGAUGGGUCCAUUCGCCCAUAUGCCAUAUGUGCAAAUAAGCGACUGAUAAUUCUCCAGUCAUCAACUGCUAUUUCAUUCAGUAGCUUUGGCAGAUCGAGAAUCUAACUUAGUUGAUUACUAAAGUAAAUAUCACUUUAUCCUUUCUUAUUACUUUUGCUGCAAAACAAUAUAGCCGAUUGACAAGUGCUUCAGACGAAGGGCAGCUUAAACUUGGGUGCACCCGCGAAGGAGUGAUGGGUUUUCUAAAAUAAAAAAACCCUUUUCAAGUUUGAACCCUGUAUGAAUAUGUUUUUUAAGAGGGAGCAAAUUGUAGGACAAAAUAGAGCCCCUUCUCAAAUGGGGAAAACGGUGCGCCCACUGAUUUCUUCGAAAACGUUUGAAAAGAGCAUUAACUUUAAAAAAAGGCUCGUAAGCCAAACAUCCAAAGAUUAUAGUAUUUACUUAUUUAUCCAUACGCAAGAAGCUUAAGCCACUUCGUUUCGUAAGGAAGGAUACCGUGCCGUAAAGUUCAUUAGUUACCAGUGGCGCAGCUAUCAUAAGGUAACAAAGAUUACAAAUACUUAAUGCCUGCAAGGUUUUUAUAUUAGUAGCACAUUUACAGUUGUAUUAGUGCCAUGCUUUACAGGUUUAUUUUGCGCAUCUUAAAAGAUUGAAAAACUAAAAAAAAAAAAAGAAAAAAGGCUAUGAUGCUUCAGUAGGACGGCUAAACUAAUGAAGCCAACAUUUUGAAGAAGCACAUUUUAAACAGAUGACGGCAGACCUGCAGUUAAAACAAUACUCUUAUUCAACGAAAGUAACAGCUGUUAUUGCUUGGCGAUGCAUUUAUUUCAUGCUUUUAACUGACUCAGCAACAUUCUUAAAGUGAAACAGUGGCGGAUUUAGGGGUGGGUCCACUAGCGGGCCACGGCCUUUCUUUUAAGUGAUGUAUUUCAGUUAUUUAAACGUAAUUGUAUUUGCAUACGGUCUUGCAGGUUUUCUCUCAGGACGUUUCCCGACCCACCCUUUUUUUCUGGCCACCCUUUCUUUGAUCUAGAUCCGCCCCUGUAAAAAUAACUUAUCUUCUAUUGGAACUGAACUUACUAAGAAAAUAUUAUAAACGAAACAUAGCAGUCUGUAGUCUCCCGUGUAGGAAUGAUCUUAGUUAUCAGUUAUUACUGUAUAUACUGAUUCAUUAUUAUGAAUAUAGAUACUUUAGUAAAACAGGUUGUACAAAGAAACUAUGAUAUUUCUCGUUAGAUUAAAGAUGAUAAUAAAGAUAUAUAUAUACACGA